UGCCGUACAGUAUUUUCGCUUGUUGCCGCCCAGUUUAUAGGAAGCAGAAAGAAAGUGGAUCAGUUGUUUCAGAAGGAAUUCAGAAUUUUCAUUUAUAGUUACAGUUUUUACACAUUUGUUUUCCAUUUUAACUAUGGAGGAGCCGAUCUCCCCUUUGCGAUGUCUUUCUGAAAACCAUAAAAUGGAAAUGUUUAAGGACGACAAUGUGGAAACGGUGACUUCAGUAGAACAGAAAAAGGUCGAAGAUAGCGUUCAGCAAGUGUUCAGUGCUUACCAGAAAAACCACAGAUUAGCACAACCUACUUUACAGCGGGAGCAGCACUAUGUAUAUCUGAAGAGAGGUUUACGUUACCUUUCAGAUGCCUACGAGUGUCUUGAUGCCAGCCGUCCUUGGCUCUGCUACUGGAUCCUGCAUAGCCUUGAGCUCCUAGAUGAAACUGUCCCAGCCUCCAUCGCCUCAGAUGUCUGUAAAUUCCUAGCAAAGUGUCAGAGUCCCACGGGGGGCUUUGCAGGAGGGCCAGGUCAGCAUGCCCACCUGGCACCUACAUAUGCUGCUGUCAGUGCCCUCUGUAUAAUUGGCACAGAGGAGGCCUAUAACGUCAUUGACAGACAAAGACUGCUAGACUUCUUGUAUUCAGUGAAGCAGCCUGACGGCUCUUUCAUAAUGCACGUGGGUGGAGAAGUGGAUGUCAGAAGUGCAUACUGUGCUGCAUCAGUGGCUUCUCUAACUAACAUCAUCACACCUACGCUAUUUGAAGGAACUCCAAACUGGAUUACUAGUUGUCAGAACUGGGAGGGGGGUAUUGGAGGAGUACCGGGUCUGGAGGCCCAUGGUGGAUACACUUUCUGUGGAUUGGCAGCCAUGGCCAUUUUUCAAAAGGAGCAUAUGCUAGACCUCAAAUCCUUGUUACGCUGGGUCACGAGCAGACAAAUGCGUUUUGAGGGCGGAUUCCAGGGCCGCUGUAACAAGCUUGUUGAUGGCUGUUACUCAUUUUGGCAAGCUGGGCUGCUCCCUCUUCUCCACAGAUCUCUGUUCAAAGAAGGAGACAAAGCACUGAGUAUGACCAACUGGAUGUUUGAGCAGCAGGCCCUACAGGAGUAUAUCCUGCUGUGCUGUCAGAACCCGAGCGGGGGGCUGCUGGAUAAGCCGGGCAAAUCUAGAGACUUCUACCAUACCUGCUACUGCCUAAGUGGUCUUUCUAUAGCACAGCAUUUUGGAAGCAGGGAAAUUUACCAUGAACUUAUCCUAGGCAAUGAUGAAAACCGAUUGGCACCGACCCACCCCGUCUAUAAUAUCUGCCCAGAAAAGGUGGCUCAAGCCAUAAGAUAUUUUCAUCAGAUGCCAGUCCCAGAGCAGAGAGCUACCACCUCCAGCACUCACAACCUCUAACAGACUGCAGGGGAUAUGUCCAUUCCUUGGGUUUGUAAGAAAUGUAAUAUACAGAGUUUACUUCAUACUGGCCUGGAACAUAGCUGUCAUUGUAUUUGUGUAUGGACAUGUCAGGGAAUGUCUACCAAUGUAAAAGCUUUAACAUAGGAAAAGAAUGGCCAUGCUUUCUUUUUGACUCCUUGGAGUAGGGCAAAACUUACUUCAGUAGCAGCCAAUUUAUUUUUAGAAUGUAUUACUAAUAAACUUUUGGAAUCCAACUAUUUUCUCAGAAGUACAGUGUUUCAGUUUAAUGUUUUGGAUACCUUGAUCUCAAUUUGCAAACAGGUAUAUACUGUACAUUACUGUUAACUGCUGAGCCCUUCUUGGACCCUUAAUGUAUAUAAACUACUUCCAAAAGUGCUGAUUUAAUUUACAACUGCAUUUUCCAGGUGUCCCUCUUGAAAUAUUUUUAAUUAAACCUUUUGUUUUGGAAAAACA